GCUAGGGACAGUUUUAUAACCACUUCCGCCUGUUUUCCUCGUAAGUCUUUUUUAUGUGUUUAUCGCACAGAAGAUUUCCAAGGCGUGUUUUUUUUUCCUCAUAAACUAGCCAUCGGUUUGCAUGAUAGCCUGCGGAAUCAAUGGAGCCAAACAAUGGCAAUGGUCCAAACUGGGCAAUGCAGCGACGAGUGGAAGGUCUGGUGAAUAAACACAUGGCAGACAUGGCAUUGGAGACACUUCAACAGAGGCUCUCGGCUGUAUCUGAAGAAAUGAACCAUUUGUCAGACGAUAUAUCUAGACGAGAAGAUAUUCCCAAACGCGGAGAAGAUAUACCGCGACGAACCAACGUAAACUUUAGUGCAGAGCCUCUCUCAGACUCGUACAGCGCAGGAAUAGUAGGGGAAAAGUUAAUGCCAGACACAUCAUCAGAAUCUGCAGCCCAAAGAAAAAUCAUAUCCCUCCUGCUGGAGAUUAAGGAAGAACAGCAGCGACAGUGGGCUGUGCUCAAAGACCUGCAGGCCAGGGUUCAAGGACAGAUGUGUGAGGAGGAGGUUGAGUCUCUCGACAUGGAUCUACCACUACGGACAAUGGAGCAACUGGAUGAAACAGAGAGGCAUUUGGAGGAUGCUGCAGCACAGAAGAGAAUGGUGUCCCACCUCUCCAGAAUGGGCGGUGCAACAGUGGAUGAUGCUGUCAGACGCCUGAUGCAGGCAGUUUUGUCUUUUAGCGUAGGUUCCGAGCUAAACUGGGUUGGUCGAGGACAAAAGAGGAGUUUCAGAAACACCAGACUGCAGGGGGUUUUGUUUCGUGCUUUAAAGAGGACCCCUGUAGGAAAGGAGGCUACGCACCAUCAGUUUGCAGAUGUCGUAAAAAAAUGGCUACGGUUCGCGCCAUUCAGACAAGGAGGCAGCGGUCGAAGACAGCAUUACAAACCAUCUGUGGAAUACAUGUGCCCAAAGUUUCAUACUGAUACAGAGGGAUGAUCACAGCUUCCAAGUUCUCAGACUCUUGGUCAUAUUUACAAGCAUAAUAGGCCUGUUUGUGCAUUCAAGAGGAUCAAACUAUUACAAUGUGAAACAUUUGCUGAUCUCUUUCUACCUAUGAGUAUAAUGUAUAUAAGAAACCAUAAACGUGCAGAUAUGUAAUUCAGUAUGAAUUAGAAUUGGUUAUCACUUUUCCAAUUAAACAGUAUAAUGGGGCACUGUCAUUUAAUGUCUGUAUGGAAAUCAGUAUUAUAGUAAAUAUUCUAAAUUUUUCUUAAUGUGUAGUGUCAUAACAUUUUCUUUAAUUUCUUGAAAUUAAAUUCUGCUGCUGUUGCACUG